UUGUUCCGUGAGCGGCUAGUCCGGUGGUCCGGUUGGUGGAGGCGGCCCUGUGAUUUGGGGCUCUCCUCGGGCUUCUGUCCUCAAUCCGUCGGCCCCAGAUGGGCCCCGAGGACGAAGCAGCAGCAGUGACGAUGGCUGCAGAGCUACCGGCCGUUCGACUGCAGGAGCCUGUGACCUUCCGAGAUGUGGCUGUGGACUUUACCCAGGAAGAGUGGGGGCAGCUGGACCCUACGCAGAGGACCCUGUACCGUGAUGUGAUGUUGGAGACCUUUGGGCAUCUGCUGUCUGUGGGUCCUGAGCUUCCCAAACCUGAAGUCAUCUCCCAGCUGGAGCAAGGAGCUGAACUAUGGGUAGCAGAGAGAGGAAUCACACAGAGCUGUCAUCCAGGCUGGGAGCCUAGACCUGAAAGCCAGGCAUCUUCCAAGGAGCAGGGCCCUCAAGAAGAGGAGCCAUCCCGUGUCACAGAAGAGGAAGGAUCCCCAAGGGGAGUGUCCUAUCCCUCCGUGUCUGGAAAAGACCGGGAACACGAGGGCCAGGGCCAGGCACUCGAGAAGGGCCAUAACAGCGUGAGACGAUUGGGAUUUGGUCUCAAGGAAGCACCAGUUCAGGAUCUACGCUAUGAAAGUCUCGGACUUGGGGAAAACCGGGUCCUGAGCACAGACCCAAAUCCGUUCCCAGAAAUUUCUAAGACAGAAUACAUCUGUCCAUAUGGCUCACAGGUCACAAACUUGAAACCUAAAUCAAGCUCAGUCAGUCAACAGACAGGCUCCCCCAGGAAACAGACCUGUGAAAACGAUGACUGUAGCAAAGCUUCCAGUCAGGCUGUUCCAGAACUCACAAAAACCCAGGUACAGGAUAAACCCUACAAAUGUACUGAUUGUGGAAAGUCAUUUAACCAUAAUGCACACCUCACAGUGCACAAGAGGAUUCAUACAGGAGAAAGGCCUUAUAUGUGCAAAGAGUGCGGAAAGGCCUUCAGCCAGAAUUCCUCUCUUGUUCAACAUGAGCGAAUCCACACGGGAGACAAACCCUAUAAAUGUGCUGAAUGUGGGAAAUCUUUCUGCCACAGCACACACCUUACUGUCCAUCGGAGAAUUCACACUGGGGAGAAACCCUACGAGUGUCAGGAUUGUGGGCGGGCCUUCAACCAGAACUCUUCACUGGGCCGGCAUAAGAGAACACACACUGGGGAGAAGCCAUACACCUGCAGCGUGUGUGGGAAAGCCUUCUCUCGAACCACCUGCCUUUUUCUGCACCUGAGGACUCACACGGAGGAGCGGCCCUACGAGUGUAACCACUGUGGGAAGGGUUUCAGGCACAGCUCCUCCCUGGCCCAGCAUCAGCGAAAGCAUGCUGGGGAGAAGCCCUAUGAAUGCCGGCAAAGGCUGAUCUUUGAGCAGACGACAGCUUUAACAAAGCACCAAUGGGCAGAAGCCCUCAGCUGUGACCCACCUUUGAGUCAAGAUGAGAGGACUCACCAAAGCAACAGGCCCUUCAGAUGUCAUCAGUGUGGGAAAUGUUUCAUUCAGAGCUCUCACCUCAUCCGACAUCAGAUAACUCACACCAGAAAGGAGGAGCCCAGUGGACGUAACCGACGACGGGAACAGUCCUCGGACGCGAGCUCACACUCAGCGCAGCACUCGAGUUCAGGAGAGAAUGCUGCAGACCAAGCAAAGUCAGGACAGCCAACAAGCAGGGCCCUCGCCUUGUUUGACAUCCGUGAAAUCGUGCAAGAAAAAAACCCUGUGCAUGUUAUUGGGGUGGAAGAGCCUUCCAUGAGCACUUCUGUGUUAUUUGACAUCAGGGAAUCCACAUAGGAGAGAAAUUCUGCAGAUGAUUUUUGAACCACAGGUAUAAAAAUGCGGACAUCUCCCCAACCUUGCAGAGGGCCCCUACUGGAGGACUAUUGGAAGACAUUAUCUUGACUGUCAAGGCCCAGAGAAAAGACAUCAUUUAUGCAGAGGAGAACAUUCUUAAUAUGUCUACAGUGGGAAACUACCUUCUUCAUGUUGCUUCUCUAAUUUUUCUCCCAAGGAAAACACAGGUUUCUGACCUUUACUGAUGCUGUUUUUUUUUUUUUUUUAAGAAGAUUUAUUUAUUUGUUUAAAAGGCAGAGUUACAGAGAGGCAGAGGCAGAGAGAGAGAGGUCUUCCAUCCACUGGUUCACUCCCCAAAUGGCCACAAUGGCUGGAGCUGGGCUGAUCCAAAGCCAGGAGCUUCUUCCAGGUCUCCCACACAGGUGCAGGGGCCCAAGCACUUGGGCCUUCCUCUACUGCUUUCCCAGGCCACAGAGCAGAGAGCUGGAUCAUAAGUGGAGCAGCCAGGACUCGAACCAGCACCCAUAUGGGAUGCUGGCACUACAGGCGGCGGCUUUAUUUGCCAUACUAUAGCGCCAUAUAUUUCAAAUAAAUAUUUAUUUAUUUGAAAGGCAGAGUUACAGAGAGGCAGAGGCAGAGAGAGGGGUCUUCCACCCACUGGUUCACUCCCUGGAUGGCCACAAUGGCUGGAGCUGCACAGAUAUGAAGCCAGGAGCUUCCCCCAGGUAUCCCACAUGGGUGCAGAGGCCCAAGAACUUGAGCCAAAUUCAUAGGCCAUAACAGAGAGCUGGAUUGGAAGUGGAGUAACCAGGCCCUGAACUGGUAUCCAUAUGAGAUGCCAGUACAGCAGGCAGCAGCUUUAUCUGCUGUGCCACAGCACCGGUCCUCAUGCUGUUCUUGACAUAAAAAGAGCAUGUUUCGAAGUGUGGUCCUUGAUCUAUUAGCACAGGGAUACUAAAACUAAGGAUUGGCCGGCGCCAUGGCUCAACAGGCUAAUCCUCCGCCUUGCAGCACCGGCACACCGGGUUCUAGUCCCUGUCGGGGCGCCGGAUUCUGUCCCAGUUGCCCCUCUUCCAGGCCAGCUCUCUGCUGUGGCCCGGGAGUGCAGUGGAGGAUGGCCCAAGUCCUUGGGCCCUGCACCCCAUGGGAGACUAGGAGAAGCACCUGGCUCCUGCCAUCGGAUCAGCAUGGUGCGGCGGCCAUUGGAGGGUGAACCAACGGCAAAAAAGGAAGACCUUUCUCUCUGUCUCUCUCUUUCACUGUCCACUCUGCCUGUCAAAAAGAAAAAAAAAAAAAAAACUAAGGAUUUAAACCUACUAUCUUUUUUGUUGUUGUUGCUUUUAAAGAUUUAUUUAUUUAUUUAUGUGAGAGGUAGAGUUACAGACAGUGAGAGGGAGAGACAGAGAGAAAGGUCUUCCAUCUGCUGGUUCACUCCCCAAAUGGCCGCAAUGGCUGGAGCAGGGCCGAUCUGAAGCCAGGAACCAGUAGCUUCUUCCAGGUCUCCCACAUGGGUGCAGCGGCCCAAGGACUUGGGCCAUUUUCUACUGCUUUCCCAGGCCAUAGCAGAGGGCUGGAUUGGAAGAACAGCCAGGACUAGAACCAGCACCCAUAUGAGAUGCUGGUGCUGCAGGUGGAGGAUUAACACACUGUGCCACAGCGCCAGCCCCUAAACCUACUUUCUAACCUCAAAUGAAACAAUCAUGUACUGUUCCUAAGCUGAUGCCUAUAAAUCUUUUAUAGCUAUAGCCAAUGUCUGUCCUACCAGGACACUAAAUCAUCUACCCUGUUAUACAGAACAGUUGUCAAUGCACAGCUUUAAUCAGGUCAUUUUUGUUUGAUAUUCUUCUCACUGCAGUUGUUCUAGUGAUGUUAAACAUCCAUCACCAUCAAAAAUUGGAAGAAAGAAAAUGUGAUCGCAGCACAUCUCAGUGUGUAGAAACUUGUUCCUAAAAAUAAACUACAAAAGGAAUGUUGGAUUGCAGGGUGUAAAAUUGAGUGGAAGAAUGAUCAGCUUGGAAAAAAUACAAGAGAACUUGCAAUGUCCAUUUUUGUUCUUGGAUGCUGAGAGUAUCACCACUGAUGGGAUUUCCACUGGAGCACAGCUGUCUUCUAGGGUUCUUGGAGCCACUUUGCAUUCAUCUCCAGAGGUCUCUGUAAGAUACUGUUGAUGCCCUGGAUUGAUUUCUCACGUUUUCCUCUGAUAGCAUCCUCAUAUAUUUCCUUUGUCAGCUCUCACUUUUCAUUGCUAUUCUAUUAUACCUUGGUCUGCACUACUUUCUCUUUCAUUCUUGGCAGAUAACUUGCUGUUUACAUAACUAAGAAAAGGUACAAUUUUUUAAAUAUUUAUUUUCUUGAGAGGCAGAGUGAGAAAGAGAGGGAGAAACAGAGAGAAAGAGAUAUUCAAUCUCCAGGUUCACUUUCCUAAUGGCCGCAUCAGCUGGGGCUGGAUAGGCUGAAGCCAGGAGCCAGGAACUCCAUCUGGGUCUCCAUAUGGGUGCAAGCAUUUGAGCCAUAUUCAUUAGCAGGGAGCUGGAUUAGAAGUGGAGCAGCCAAGGCUUGAACCGGCUCAGAUACAGGAUGCUCUUCUGACCCCUUUAAUGGGGCUGUUAUCACCUGCCAUCCUAUUAGGAAAUGUUUUUGGUCCCUCCCCUUCCUCAUCCCAUGAGGUUCUAUUGAUUUUACCAUGUAAACAUCUGGAAACUUCAUCCCAUGCCCACUAACAGUGCCGCUACAGGACAGCCUUGAGAGGAGAAAUGACCUGUUAUCAAAUGGCCCAGCAAGGAUGUGAGCCAGACAAUCUAAUACCAGAACCCCGCUUUUCACUGUCCUUCACUGCCCCCACCAGGAAGACGUGUGGGCCUGGGGAUGCACAGGAGAAUGCCUCCCCGCUUUGGGGAGGUGGGACCAGCAACAGCAUUUUGGCUCUAGACAGCACUGGACACUGGACCUGUGAUUGCCUCAUUCCCUCUUUUCUGAACCCAAACAGCACAUCCUGAAGCAGAUUUGACACCUCAACGUGGAUGCUGAGUCAGACGAGGCUGCAGUAACUCCACUGGGCAGCAGGCAGGAGUGGAAGAGGCAACAGAUCUUUGCAUAUUUUUCACUUCCCCCUUCGAUUCACAUUGUCUAGCUAUGCUAUUCCUACUGUCAUCCUUGUAAAUAUUUUGAAAUGUAUAAGAAACUCCUCAGGGGAAAUUAUUGUAAACUAGGCGAAAUUCACACUCUUCACAAAAGUAGUGUGAGUCCUUUGUAGUAAAACUUGGAAAACUACAAAAAUUUUAAAAGUAUAAAGCUUACUUAAAAUCCUUCAUACUUCAGCCAUCCAUAGAUAGUGAUUAACAUUUAGAUUUUGGGCCGGCGCCAUGGCUCAACAGGCUAAUCCUCCACCUAGCGGCGCUGGCACACCAGGUUCUAGUCCUGGUCGGGGCGCCGGAUUCUGUCCCGGUUGCCCCUCUUCCAGGACAGCUCUCUGCUAUGGCCCGUGAAGGCAGUGGAGGAUGGCCCAAGUGCUUGGGCCCUGCACCCCAUGGGAGACCAGGAGAAGCACCUGGCUCCUGGCUUCGGAUCAGCGCGAUGCGCUGGCUGCGGCAGCCAUUGGAGGGUGAACCAACGGCAAAGGAAGACCUUUCUCUCUGUCUCUCUCUCUCACUGUCCACUCUGCCUGUCAAAAAAAAAAAAAUUUAGAUUUUGCUAAUUUUCCUUGCAAUUUUUUUCUUAGACGUGUGUAUACACCUACAUGUAGUGUACACUAAAUAUUGUACACAAACAUGCACAUAUAUGCAUAGUUUUCUUGUGUCUAGAAAUUUGGAAUCCCCCUAGUUCUGUUGUAACAUGUGCUUACUAUAUUUUGAGCAUUUUCCCUGCCAAUGACUUUCAUGUAGUGCUUUAAAUUAUCUUUUGAGGGUCAAGGGAGUCGUAAUGAUGGCCCUCCACCCAAUAUUUACCAGACUUGAGUUUUCUUAGGGGGCAGAGGUUUUUCCUACAUACUUCCAGUGCUGUGCGUUGAUGCAACUUCUGAGGACAGUUCAUCAGUCACCCCUUGGCUUAGCAAAGCUGGUAGGAAUGGAUUUGUACAUGUUCAGACUGUACAUGGUCUUCACCAUGCUAUUUAUUUUCAAAGUAAAAGUUUGGAAACAACCUCCAUAUCCACUAUGAAUAACCAGCUGAGUAAUUGUGGUGGAAUGGAGAUCACAGCCUUAAAAAUAAGAGAUUGUCAUUAUCUACUAAUGGGAAGAGCUCCAAGUUCUGGGGGGAGAAGGGCAAGCAAGGUGUAAAACUGCAUAUGGUAUGUUACCAUUUGUGAAAAAAGGAAACUUGUGCUUAAUACACAGUCUCUGAAAGUGUGAAAAGCAAGCAGGCAUAGUGGUUGCCCUUGAGGUGGAAAAGUGGGAGGUCAGGGAUGAGGAAUAAUUUUCACUCUAUUUUUUUAUAUUUUUGGAAUUUUGAAACAUGAAUAUACUAGUAGUUCAAAAAAUAAGUUUGAAUUAAAAAUCUCAAGCUUUCAAGUUACCACGUUGGAUAAUUUGUUUCAUUAUUUACUGUCUCUGUCCACCACAAUGUCCACAUGAGCAGGGAUGACUGUGUAUCUUGGUCUUAGCUGUUCUGUAAAUGCUCGUGCAUGUAUUCCGUUAACAAAGCCAGUUGAGUAUGAAACAACUUCAACUCCUUGAUGGUGCCAAAGGUUUUUUAUUACUAGCCACAGUUCAGCCCUUGCAUGCAUUUCCAUAGUCUCGAAAAGUUCUGCCCUGAGUGGUGCUGGUCUACAGGCAGGUGGCUGAGAGGACUUUUUAAAUUCACCCUAGGCUGGCGCCGUGGCUCAAUAGACUAAUCCUCCACCUGUGGCGCCUGCACACUGGGUUCUAGUCCCGGUUGGGGCGCCGGAUUCUGUCCCGGUUGCCCCUCUUCCAGGACAGCUCUCUGCUAUGACCCGGGAGUGCAGUGGAGGAUGGCCCAAGUGCUUGGGCCCUGCACCCCAUGGGAGACCAGGAAAAGCACCUGGCUCCUGCCUUUGGAUCAGCGUGGUGUGCCGGCCGCGGCAGCCAUUGGAGGGUGAACCAAUGGCAAAGGAAGACCUUUCUCUCUGUCUCUCUCUCUCACUGUCCACUCUGCCUGUUAAAAAUAAAUUUAAAAAAAAAUUAAAAAUAAAAAAUAAAUUCACCCUAUGGCCAUGGGGAAUAUGGAAGGGACCUGGGCAGCCUGAUAUUGGGAUUCUUUUCCACCAGGUCACCUCAGCCUGUGUGUAGGUAAAGUUUUUGUGUUGCAGUAUACCUGGGACAUCCUCUCGUUAGGGACAGUUAUUUGCAUUACAUAGAACUAUGUUAUUUGUAGGGAGUCGUGGACAUUCAUGGCAUGUUUACAGUCAUUCAGUUUCCAGCUAAGUGUGUGGGGGGUGCAGGUGUAAAAUGAUAAAUUCAUACAAUGGGAACACUGACCAUUAAAAAAAGUUUAUGGGGCUAGGGUGGUACCUCAGGUUAAGCCACUGCUUGUGUCCCUGGCAUGUGGUAUUGGAGCCCAGGCCCACUGCUGCACUUUCUGAUCCAGCUCCAUGCUAAUGCACCUGGGAGGAAGCAAUGGCCCAAGUACUUGGGUUCCUGACAUCCAAGUGAUAGACCCAGAUGGAAUUUUGGGCUGCGGGCCUCAUCCUGUCCUAGUCCUGGCCUGUUACUGGAAUUUGGGAAGUGAACCAAUGGAUGGAAAUCUCUACAUGUGUCUCACACUCUAUCACUCUGUCUUUUGAAUAAAUCUCUUUUUUAAAAUGUUUAAUGAGGUGGAGAAAUGUUCAGGGUCUGUGGGAAAAAACAACUGUAAAUUCUGAUUAUGAUUGUUUCACAUUGUUUAUGGACAAAUGUAAAGUGGAGGGUGAUUUGGAACGUUGGCUUGGAGACUUGAAAAAUGACAAGAUUAUUUAAAAGUAAAACAAUAUCCACACAAGAUUGAAGCCAAGUGGGGAUGGGACCACAGAAUGCAAUGCAUUUUUAGUUUGUGCUUGAAUAAAAUGAGAGGAAGAAAAUAUCCUUGGCACAGUUGGGAAAUUUGGCCUCUGGGCUGUGGAUGAGGGAAUGGGUCUCAACGUCAUUUCUUGCAUGGAUGGAAGAAAGCAUGCGUUCUUCCAGGACAACCGCUGAAGGGCCUACAGGACUCGAGGUGAAAAAGAUGACGAAAUGAUACAUUUUUGUACCUUUGUGUGUAUGUGUAUAUGUAAAGGGAGAAAGACGUGCGUGUUCCGUGUUCCGCAGGGAACCACGAGGGCAAGCAGCCAUGUGUUCACGAGGCCCUACUGCUCAGAACCUCAGAUUCUGCGGUAAAGCCAAGGAUUUCAUGUAGGUAUUUACCAAACAAGAGAAAGCACAAUC